GACGAUCGCUCGGACGGAACACGGAAUCCACCCUUCGGAACCAGCCCUGCUAUUUACAUUUAUACAAAUCACCUCAAAUAACGUGGCACGCAACAGCAAGCAAAGAACCAGGAUAGCGCGCUUGUCGACGACCGACGAAGAAGCGAAGGAUCCCUCCUCCCCUCCGACUAAGUGCGGAAGAUGGGGGACACCACGCCGGCCGGCGAGAACGGCCGCGACGCGGAGCGCGGCCUCGCGGAGGAGGCCGGACGGCUCGCCGACAUCGCCCGCGAGCUCCAGGACUCCGCCUCCGCCCUCAUCUCCCGUGCCUGGAACGAUGAGCAGGCCCUCCGCCAGCGCGCCCUCGCCCUUGACUCCGACCUCCGCCGUCUCCACUGCGCCAUCGACUCUGCCGUCAAGAACGGCUCUCUCGAUCCCAAGAACGCCGAAAAGAUGGAUGAGGAAUUGUACAGGACAAGAUGCGUACUAAGUGACACCGAUGUUGCCUUCCUUCUUCCCAGCAAGGCUCACGGUAGGUUCUUGAAGAUGUUUCUUGGCCCGGUAAAUGUGCAGACCCCACGGAAGGAGUUUCAGUUGAAGCUGAAAGAGGAGUACAACAAAUACAGGGAUAGAACAGCCAUUUUGUUUCUUCUUUUUCCUUCCAUUCUACUUGUUCUAAGAUCCUGGAUCUGGAAUGGAUGCUUUCCAGUGCUACCAGUGCAACUGUACCAAGCUUGGUUGCUAUUCCUAUAUACAAGUUUAGCUUUGCGAGAGAAUGUAUUGAGAGUAAAUGGAAGUGAUAUUCGCCCAUGGUGGAUAUACCAUCACUAUUGUGCAAUGUUGAUGGCCCUUGUGAGUCUCACAUGGGAGAUAAAAGGGCAACCUGAUUGUGCUUAUAAGCAGAUAGGGGUACAGCUCUUUUUGGCCUGGGCUAUGAUGCAAGGUGUUGCAAUGCUUCUACAAAACAGAUAUCAGCGCCAAAGACUUUAUACACGAAUUGCAUUGGGAAAGGCAAAGAGAAUGGAUGUUGUGUGGGGAGAAACAGCUGGUGUACAAGGUCAACUGUGGUUGCUGUGCCCUAUCCUUUUCAUUUUGCAGGUUUUUGAAGCAUAUGUUGGGGUGCUACUUCUUCGCACUGCCUUGGUUGGUGUUGUUUCUGAGUGGCAGGUAUUAGUCUGUGGUAUCUUGUUGGUUGUGAUGGCUGUCGGUAACUUCAUAAAUACAGUGCAGACGCUAGUGGCAAAAUCAAGGAUUAAAGCAAAAAUCAAGAGAACCAAGAGCCAAUAGAAUAUCAGUCGCUGCGUCGCAGCCACCGACUCAAGAUCAGGAAGCUAUCUUAAUGUAAGAACUGGUCUGAUUCUCACGAAAUCUCCAGCGAUACAUGCUAGUUUGCUAUUAGUUUUUUUUCACUCAUGUAAAGUGAUAUCAUAUUGGUAGCUUCUUCCCAAAUAAAUCUUUCAUAUGACCCAGCCAUGAAAGGAUGAUGAUUUGCUGCUAUUUGGUUGUUA